GAACAACAUGAAAAUCUUGGCAUUAUCUCUCCUUUUCACAGUUGUAGCAGCUAAUAGCGGUCUCUUUGAUCGUAAUUUGAACGAACAUUGGGAAAAUUUCAAGAGUACCUAUGGAAAAACAUACAAGGGACGUGAGGAAGCAAGUAGAAGAUUAAUUUGGGAGAAGCAUGUUGCUGACAUCGUGCGCCAUAAUCUUCAAGCUGACUUGGGCAUCCACAAAUUUAGACUAGGCAUCAACGAAUAUUCGGACAUGAGUCAUGAAGACUUUGUAAACACCUUUAAUGGACUUAAAAAGGAUGGUGCUCGAAGCAACAAUGGAAGUACUUGGGUUGAGCCUCUGAAUGUUAGAAUCCCUGACGAAGUCGAUUGGCGAGACAAAGGUUUAGUCACUCCAGUCAAAAACCAGGAACAAUGUGGAUCAUGCUGGGCUUUCUCCACAACCGGUGCUCUUGAGGGUCAACACAUGAAGAAAACUGGCAGCUUAGUAUCCCUGAGUGAACAAAACCUGGUUGAUUGUUCAUCCGCAUAUGGAAACAUGGGCUGUCAAGGAGGUUGGCCAUUUCAAGCUUUUGAAUACAUCAAAGCAAACAAAGGAGUGGAUACAGAAUCUUCAUAUCCCUACACAGCUAAGGAUGACCCUAAGUGCCUUUUCCAAAAACCAUAUGUUGGUGCCACUUGUACUGGAUUUGUUAACAUUCCUAGCGGUGAUGAAAAUGCUUUGAAAAACGCUGUGGCCACUGUAGGGCCAGUAUCAGUAUGUAUUGAUGCCGCUCAUAACAGUUUCCAAUCAUACAAAAAUGGAAUAUACUCAGAGCCACAAUGUUCCACAGAUCAAUUAGAUCACGCAGUUCUUGCAGUUGGUUACGGAAGUGAAGAUGGCGAAGACUACUGGCUUGUAAAGAACAGUUGGGGCACAACAUGGGGAAUUCAAGGAUAUAUUAAAAUGUCAAGAAAUAACAACAACCAAUGUGGUAUUGCUACAAAAGCUAGCUAUCCCCUCGUUUAAGUUUUGUUUGGGCAUAAAGUUUGAUAAACUGUGAUUAAAUGCCUUGAAAAUUUUCAUCGACUGAAUGUGAUUCAUUUAUACUUAUUUUCAAGACAGUUAAGCUCAGAAUUUAGUUACGUUAAAAAAAAAAUAUGUAAUACAACACAAGAAUAAACAUUUGUUUUAUUUCAUAA